GAAAAAAAAGUGACUUUACUGUUUUCAGAGGGGCUGCCCUUGCGCAAUAGGUUUUCUAUGUAUCCGUUAGUACCAGUGCCUCUCAUGCUGUGGAAAAUCUAUGCAGGACUAUCUGGGAUUUGAGACUGAAAGAAACAGAAAGGACAGCUGUCUGUUGUGCUCCGCAGACGACUUAAGACAGGUUUGAGCUACAACAGGCCAGAAUGAGAGGACUGUAUGCCAUUUUACUCUUUUUCAUCUUUGUCUGCUGCAUCAGGGCAAAGAAGAUGCGGUGGUGUACAGUGUCCGACCCCGAGCAGAGGAAGUGUGCAGAACUAGCUAAAGCUCUGGUGGCAGUGCUGCCUCCAGCUGCUGUGGCAGCUUUUGCCAGACUCUCGUGCAUACGAGCGUCCAGCACGACUGACUGCAUCGACAAGAUCAGGGCUAACCGUGCUGAUAUAGUGACGCUGGAUGCAGGGGAAGUUUAUUCUGCUGUGAAGCAGUUUGGCCUCGUCGUCAUUGCCAAGGAGAUAUACAGCGACGGAGGCUGCAUUCUGUCUGUGGCUGUGGUGAGAAACAGCACUUUGGACAUACGGUCCCUGCAGGGCCUCAGGAGCUGUCACAGUGGGGUUCGAUGGACGGCCGGAUGGAGUCUUCCACUCGGCUUCCUGCUGUCCCGCAACUACCUGAGCUGGUCAAAGGAGCAGCCGCUCAGUCAGGACGUCAGCACCUUUUUCAGUGCCAGCUGCAUUCCUGGAGCUGCUGCCAUGGCACCACCUCUGUGCGCUCUGUGCCAAGGCCAGAAGUCCUACAUUCGCCAGAAGAAUUACCACUGCGAAACGUCCCACAGUGAGCCCUACUACAACAGCCAAGGAGCCCUCAGAUGUCUCAGGAACGGGGCAGGAGAUGUUGGAUUUGUGGACCAUUUAGCUCUUGAAAGUAUUGAUGACAGCGAUGGAGACGAGUUCAGGUUGCUGUGUACAAAUGGCACACAAGCUCCUCUCAGCCACUACAGAAGCUGCAACCUGGGACGUGGUCCAGGAGGCGGCAUGGUCACCAGAUCUAACUUUCGCAAGGUUGCUCGCAAGUUUCUAGUGACGGUGCAGAUGCUGUUUGGCCAACAAGGACGAGAGAGGCAGCGCUUCAACCUCUUUAACUCCUCUUCUUUUGGAGAAAAUGACCUUCUCUUCAAAGAUGCCACACAUAAACUCGCCGUUCUGCCAGACGGCAUGGAUGUAAGUCAGGUUCUGGGGCUGGAUUAUGUGGCACUCCUCAAAGGCCUUGGACAUGAAGGAAGCUCGCUGGAGGACAGUGUGGUGCGGUGGUGCUGUAUUAGCCACGCAGAGCAGAAGAAAUGUGAGCAGUGGGCUCUCAGUAUAAAGUCAGACCCGCUGGUGUGCGUCAGAGCCGUCUCAAUACGAGACUGUAUCGAGAAAAUCAAGAGGGACGAGGUGGACGCUGUCUCGCUGGAUGCAACUCACUCUUUCAUCGCAGGAAAAUGCGGUCUCGUCCCUGUAGUCACAGAAUAUUAUGGAGGAGAAUGUGUGCCUGCUGAAGGAUCGACCCACUUAGAGACAGAUGUGUUGCCCUCAGUGGCGGGUGUGGCAGUGGCAAAGCGCUCCAGCAGAAACGUAUUCAUCGGGAACCUCGGAGGCCGUCGCUCCUGUCACGGUUACAUGUACAGCCCAGCAGGCUGGCUGCUGCCGUCCAGACACACGCUGAGCCUGGAGCAUAACAGCAGCUCCCCCUGUGAUCCAAACCAGGCCUACAACGAGGUGUUUUGGAAAGGCUGUCUUCCCGGCUCUCAGGGGAAUCUGUGUAAAGUGUGUAUGGGAGGCACCGGGGAGGCCGCCACCAAACGCUGCGCUGACAACCACAAUGAGCGUUACUAUGGCAACAUGGGAGCUUUAAGGUGUCUGGUUGGAGAUCCCAGCGGUAAAAGCUACGGCGACGUGGCUUUCCUUGAGCAGCACAACCUUCAGGCCAACGUCCUCAGUUUGAGUUCCACCGGAUGGGCAGAGGGGUGGAUGCCAUCAGACUUUGAGCUGCUGUGUGGUGACGGUCGUCGGGCUCCAUUGUCUGAGUGGGAGAGCUGCAACCUCGGAGUCGUGCCACCGAACACCAUCAUGACGCGCCCAGUUCUCACAGCGCGAGUGUACGACUUCCUCAUGAAGUCACAGGAAACUUUGGCAGCCAACCCAAACUCAGAGUUCAAGCUCUUUGAGUCUCAGAAAUAUGGAGAAAGUGAUCUGCUGUUCAAAGAUGCAACUCAGUGUUUUGUCCACACAAGCCACAUGGACUACCGCUCGAUCCUCGGAGACGAGUUCUGCAGCCACGCAGAAGCUGUCUUCAACUGCACACACUCUGAUAUCUUGGAGUUUUGUAAUCAGGACGUGUGCAGCAUAUUUUGAUGGUCAUACAGGAGGAAACGUUACCUGUCCCUGUGCUGCUUCAGCCAGAUCUGAUGACUGCAAUCCAUCACUGGUAUCAUCCUGUUCACAGCAGAGACUGACGUCAAAAUUCUUCUGCAAACCGAAGCGAUUCAUCUUUCAACUGUCACAUUCGUCACCAGUCAUUACUUUCACUGUCAUGCUUCCCAUAAGCCUUGUUUCAUACACAUGUUAAAGAAUAGAGCAGAGCAUGCAGCAACUUUCAUUAUAACACCAUAACUUAUAACCUUGUGCUGUGUAUUAUCUGCACGUCUUUCACAAACGCAUUUACUUUGUAUUUUUAAGGCUGAAAACAAAUUCCAGACAUUAACACAGCAAAGUGGAAACAGAAAACCUCAUGCAGAGAAGCUGCGAUGACUCACAGCACUGAGGUAAAUACCAAAAGACAUGACUACACCUGUAAAUAUAUGAGUGUAAAAUCAAUGCUUGUAUAACAUGUAACAGGUGUGUAAAUGAUCCAAGCAUUGCCUCAGUUGUUACAUUUGCACAUGCACCAGUUAUAUUACUGUAUUUGUUAAUACAUUUCAAAGUAAGUGUGAGAUUGGGAACCAUGAGAUGUGUGGGUAUAUCAUUUUAAAGCAACAGUUAUUACUAUUUUAUGUUGUUAUUCUUAUUUUAUUUACUUGCUGUAUGUUUUGCCUUUGUAUUCUCUUUAUUGUAAAGUGUGUUGGGACCAUGCAGCAUGGUGAUUCUGCACUUUAAAUAAAAUUGA